AUGAACAACAAACUCUUUCUUUUUGGAUUGUUUUAUAUAGGGUGUUAUUGUACUACAUUAAAAGAAACAAUAAUUACCAAACAUCAAUUAGUUCCAUUGUCUGAAUGUACUAAAGCUAGAGUUACUCAUUAUGACAUUGAAACAUGGAAUUCAGGUACUGCUUGUUCAUUUGGAGAACAACCAACACAAGUCAUUCCUGGAUAUAUGUUUGGAGGUUCAUUAAAUGAAGCAUUUUUUGAUCACAGUAAUAAAUGUGGUAUUUGUUAUGAAGUUGUUGGUCCUAAAGGAACAGUUAGGUUUAGAGCAGAUAACAAAUGUGCUGUUCAAGGAAAUGAAAAAUAUUGUAGUGGUGAUAUGCAUCACUUUGACUUAGUUGAAAAUACUUUUUCAUAUGUUACAGAUGAAGAAGGAAUAUCUAAUGUAACUUUUAGAAUGGUUGCAUGUGACUAUACAGGAAAUUUAAAAUUAAAAACAUACUCUAGUUCAAAUAAUUACUUUCUGGAAUUUGUUGUUCAUGAACAUACACUUGGUAUAACUAAGCUAUUAUUAAAAGAUAAUGAAAUGAAAGAAUUUGUCGAUAUUCCAAGGUCAGAAUAUAAUACAUGGAGAUAUGGGAAUAUUGGAAGAGCUUUUAAUUUCCCAGUUACUGUUCGAGUUUAUUCUAUAGCUGGUACUUACGUUACUGUAAGUGUUACUGAUGGCAAUGAAGGACAUACUUUUGAGGCAGAUGGUAAUUUCAAAAUUCCAAAUAAUAAAUAUUUUGAUAUUGAUACACUUGAAAUGAUAGACAUUCCAAAUGGCACUACAGAGUGUUGUUCAUUAAUGGAAGAUGAUUACUCUACUCUUUACAAAGAGGGGGAUGUUCAAGGAACUUACAGAAAUUUACCUGUAAACGCUGAUAUAACUUUAAAUGAUAAGGAAAAUCCUAAGAAUGGAGAAUAUUGUUUGAGGGCGGAUAUGAAUGGUUGGGGAUUAAUCCAAUUAAAUGCUUAUCACCCAGCACAAGCAAACCAAUACACUCAUCUUCAUUUCUUUUUAAAAUCAAAGGAUGAAUGUUCAAAUUGUUUUAAUGUUCAAGCACAACAAUUGAAUAGCGAUGGGAUUACUGUCUCAACAAAAGGAGCAGGGGAAUGGACAGAAUUCAAAAUUCUUUUAACAGAUUUAGGCAUUACCAACAAUGAAUUUUGGGGAUUUAGAGGACAAAAUAUGAAUGGUGAUAAAAAAACUUUUUGGCUCGAUGAUGUUGAGCUCAUUAAAGAUCCAAAUGCUCCAGAUGCUGGCAAAUGUUAUAAUACUGAUGUAACUUAUUUACCAGAUACAUAUACUGUUGAUGAUAAUUCUAAUGGUUCAAUUCCUUCAUCAAAAAGUGAAGAAACAUCAGACAACAGCUUAGAAAAUGAAGGCAAUUAUUCUUAUUUGCUUAAAUGGUUAUUAAGUAUUAUAAUAAUACUUAUUAUUUAG